AUGUCGGACCAACAUCCAGAGGCCAUGGGUCCUCCGGAGGGUAUGGCGUAUCGCACGCCUGUAGAGCUACCAUUCGAGAUCGCCCAACAUAGCGGAAUCUUCUUCGAGGAACAACUGUAUACCCAAGCAUUGACGCUCCUAUUCAACACACUCGCCUCUGGGACCUACGCCUCGAAGACAGUGAUAGCUCCACUACCUCAGCAUCUUGCGCUAGCCUGUACCUUCCUCGUUCACCCGUCGACUACAAACCGUGCCAAGAAACCAGAACAGCAAGAGGCUCCGCAGGUCGCGCUGCGGCUCUUGCGGCUUAUCAGUACUUUGCUUACCCCGAAAGAUGCUAGGCUUGAUCUGGCUUUCAGCUUUAAAAAUACUCGAUUAUCGCGAUCAGGAAGACUGCGUCAUGCAGACGACACCUCUUCCAGCUCCAAUGAUGGGUCCCAUGAUAAGACCCUUUGGCAAAGAUUGGACGUGGCAAACGAGUCCUCGCUUUGGUCGCGCGCCGAAGACUUUUGGCAUGCUGUUGGAUGGACAUUUAACUGUUCGGUACUUCAUCCCGAGCGGUGGGAGCAUUGGCAGAUUUGGCUCCGAUUCAUGUGUGAUAUACUUCUGGAUGACUGGAACCAGCGCGAGCAAGAGUAUGAACACCUGCAGGAGAAGACAAGUCAGGAAGAACAAAAAGAAACAACACAGGAGAGAAUGACACGAAAUGGAUCUCGGUCGAUCAAGAAUGAUGACUUAGACAUAUUCCGUGAAAGCAUGUUCUUCCGGUAUAUUGACUCGGGAACACCUGGAAAAAAUCGCCGAAUUGUAAGGGCCAUCUUUGCAGAUGGUAGCACUACCUCGGUCAAUGAGUUCCGUCAAGUAUUUUCAAGAGAAUUGAAAAGUUCCAAAUCCAAAUCGGCACCAGAAACGGCGAAAAAGCAAAAAAGCGAGGUCAACAUUGACGAGGGCAAAUAUGGCGAUUACUUUUCUCAAGAUGAUUCCGACGAGGAAGGCACCGAAACCACAGACCUAAGCAAAUCCAAUUCUCGCGCUUCAUCUCCCCCAGAAGGCUCCAAGUCCCGACGGUCGAAGCGUACACGACGAGGCACCAGAACUGCAGCAGACGCUACCACCACCGUGCCAGUUCAAGAUUCUUCAGACUCAACCACCUUAACCCAGCACAGCGGUGGCGUCUCUACCAUGGGCGGGCUUAAAUCCCUCGGACUACGCAAGAAACUCCUCGGUCUCCUAUCGAAAGUCUCGGAACGACUUGAAGACGAUUUCAUGCCCGUCUCGGAGCUCUACUACCUCUUCGUCGAAAACAUUCGUCCCCUUCCCCUCCCAAUCUUCCAAACCUUCGUCAGCCCCUACAUCCUCCCCGAACUCCCAGACGACCAACAAACCACCCUCUGUCAAAGUUUACUAGAAUUCCUGCGCCAGAGUGGCGCCCCAAGCAUGGACGGAGAAUGGCUCGACCAAGUCAAGCUGGAAACCUGUUUCCUUCCAUUCGCAGCGACGACCUCUAGUGCAGUUGAUAACGCCAAGGUGUCUAUUACUCUCGAAGCUCUCGUUAUUCUACUGGCUAAUGGCGAUUUAUUGACAAUGACGCCUGAGUUCAAAGACGCCGUUGAGCGUGGGAUUUCGCAGAGGGCUAGCCGGGUUCAGGAUGAUAUGCGACGUAGCAUUGCUAGCCGGAAUAAGGAGUCGCUUGAGUGGUGCUGGUUGGUGGAGAGUGGGGACAGAUUGAUGUUCUUGGUUGAGAUGCUAGCGUUCAAGGGGUACCCAGCAGAAGCCGGGUUGACGGUUGGCCUUUGUUAA